AUGCCCUUGCUUUGGUGGACUUCCUGCUGCUCCUGUCCAGUGGAAGGGGGCAGUUAUCUCUUUGGAGGACUGUUUACAAACUCCCCAUUUUCUCUUCUUUCUCCUGCCCAAUGGCUGUGCUUCAGUACACAUUUAGGUCACGUGCAGAGCGUAUCUCACCUCCAGCGGGAGGGAAGUGUACAGGAAAGCGUGCAGAGUGUGAGAAACUCCAGGUGUGCUCUCCCCAUGCUCUCCGCUCCGUGCAGCCUCUCACUCCACUUUCUUUUACUUUCUCUUUCUUUUUUUUUUGAGACAGUCUUGCUCUAUCGCCAGGCUGGAGUGCAGUGGCGCGAUCUCAGCUCACUGCAACCUCUGCCUCCAGGGUUCAAGCAAUUCUGCCUCAGCUGCCCGAGUAGCUGGGACUACAGGCGCCCGCCACCACGCCAGGCUAAUUUUUGUAUUUUUAGUAGAGACGGGGUUUCACCAUGUUGGCCAGGAUAGUCUUUAUCUCUUGACCUCGUGAUCCGCCCGCCUCGGCCUCCCAAAGUGCUGGGAUUACAGGUGUAAGCCACUGCGCCUGGCAUUUUUUUU